AUGCGUGGAAUGAGCUGCCGAAGCGAGCGAAGAGUGCCUUGUGCGCUCGGAGAGCCGAAGAAGGAGAAGAUGCAGCGGCUGCAGGCAAUUUCAAACCAAGUAACCCAAGCACUGAGCUCCGGCUCGCCAGAUGACGUCGUCAUUUGCUGCGCAAUUCGCACUCCGCUGACGAAGGCGAAGAGGGGCGGACUUAAAGAUGAAUUCCCCGAAAGCCUUUUGAAGGUGCUUUUCGAGGCGCUGCUGAAGCGCACCCAAAUUGACCCAAAGCUCAUCGAAGACGUUUGCAUUGGAAAUGUUCUGCAGCCAGGAGCCGGGGCUUUGGGGGCCCGCAUUGCUGCUUUCCUGGGCGGGCUGCCGCAGACCACUUCAGUGCAGACAGUCAACAGGCAGUGCAGCAGCGGGCUGCAAGCAGCAGCAGCAAUUGCAGCGUCGAUUGCAUGCGGAAACAUCGAAGUGGGCCUCGCGGGAGGAGUGGAGUCGAUGACGCACUUCGAAAUGACUUCAGUUUUCAAUCCAGAAAAAGUUUCCGAAGAAGUUUUUUCUCACGAGAAGGCCCGCAACUGUUUGCUGCCGAUGGGGACCACUUCGGACACUCUGGCGCGGCGGUUCGGGAUCUCGCGAGAAGAACAAGACGCAAUUGCUGCAGAGUCCCACAAAAAAGCUUUUGCUGCGCAAAUCGCCGGCCGCUUCGACGAAGAAAUCGUCCCGGUGACAGUGCAGAGAAAAGAUGCUGCUGGAAACGAAGUGGCCUUCACUGUCGACAAAGACGACGGCCUCCGCCCCGACACUUCUGCUGCUGCGCUGCAGCAGCUGCCGCCGGCCUUCGACAAAAACGGCAGCACAACAGCUGGCAAGUCCACUUCCCCGCAACUCCUCUUGGAAGGCUUUCUUCGAAAGUUCUUUGAAGUUUUGUUUUAG